CGAAUGAUAUCGAGGAUGUAUCAAAUCGCAACUCCGGCUAUUCGCCCACAAUUUUGCAAAAUUUGACAUCACGAUACACGUCAAAUAUCUCCUAAAUCUACGAUGUACAGUUACUGACUACUUCAAAGACCCACUGCACUUAAUGUGAUCCCUUACCAUGAGUACCUUAACCUUGGGAAGUGCCCAGUUUGGAGUCGCAACAUUCUUCGCCUCCCGGUACCCCAAUGACAAGUGUGGAGCAAAUGGGUUACCGCUCACUCCCAACAGCAUCAAGAUCCUUGGUAGAUUUCAACGCCUAAAGGUGUUGGAGCAUCCACGAUUAUGUAAAUAUCUGUACAUGGUGAGGGCGAAACAUGAGCGACUAAUAGCUGUCACAGAGAACUAUCUAAAUUCUCUUGAGAAGGAAGCCUUGACAGAUCGUUAUCAGGACCUUGAUGAGUUGAAGAAACUCUGCUUUGAUAUCUUGGAGGGACUAGACUAUCUGCACAAAAAUGGCUUCACUCACAGAAACAUCAGUCCUGGAAACAUUUUACUCGAUCCAGAGGGGCGUGUGAAGCUAGCUAACCAUGGUCUGUUCUUCAUGACAGGUGGAGGGACAGAUGUGUCAUUCCCAAUAGGCCAAGCCAAAUACAUGGCACCAGAGGUUAUUUGCCAAGGCCCUCACUCUGUCACAGAGCACCAAUCCAGUGCAGAGCAGGCUGUACUACCACCACUAGGGAUGAAAGCUGACCUAUGGUCAUUAGGGAUGGUGUUGUUAGAGGUGUACUUGGGUAUCAACCUUUGGUCAACACUCACUUUGCAACAAAUCACUCGAAAGAUCAUAUCAUUUACAUUUACAGAUACUAGUCCACUGCAACUUAUUUUGGUUGAUCAUCAAAAAGAACGCAUGUAUUCAGCAAUGCCCGCUUACUUGAUGUAUUUCAUAUCCUCGUGUCUCACAGUAAAUCCAGAACAAAGGCCAGAUGUGGAAGAUCUGUUGACACAUCCGACGUUUAAUGAUCUGAGGAAAGAACAGAUUCCAUGGGUGAAUGGGGUGACGAUGCUGACGUCGAAAUUGAGGUGCUUAGAUUUGGUGCUACCGGAGUUGAAUGAAGAAACUCUCGGAAAAGACGAAGAUGAGGAUCACUUAGCCAAGAGAACUAUGGAAGAGGUGUACUACUUGUGGGGCCUCUCUGGGGGGAACCUUGAGGGUGCGUUGAAAAAAGAGGGCCUCAUCAAGACCAGACCGCCCAUCACUAUGCUGCCGGGGUUUGUCCUUGAAGAAGGAGAGCCGUUUGGAGAAGUGAAGGAUAUAUCAUCAUUACUAGACACAGUGGUGGUUCCGUUAUCGUUAAAUCAACUACGACAGAGGUUAGACAAGAUUGAUGAGGCUGCGUAUUAUCCACUGCUGGAAGAAGAAGGUGCUACUACUACUGCUAUGAACAGUUCAUCUGGGGGAGGUGGGACUAUCCCAACAUCACCGAGUACGUCUAGUCUAUCAGAAACAGCCUCAUUGCCAACAAUCAUUAAGGAAAGGGAUAUCGAAUACCAGUUCCACAGAAUCAUUCUGUACAAGAGGCUACUCAUGGGGUACCCCCACAAACGACCACAGAUAUGGAAAGAGGCCAGGAUAGAUGUGCCGCCAUUCUGUCGAGCCUAUGUAUGGGCAACACUGCUCGAGGUGGAUGGUGAUUAUAUCAACAAAUACGACGCCAUAGACAAAGAAACUCCAACGCCAACUGACCGUCAAAUCGAAGUGGACAUUCCUCGCUGCCACCAGUAUGAUGAACUGCUAUCAUCCCCGCGCGGACAUGAUAAGUUCAAGAGAAUCCUAAAGGCCUGGGUUGUGAGCCACCCAGAAUAUGUCUAUUGGCAGGGCCUCGACUCUCUCAGUGCUCCAUUUCUAUACUUGAAUUUCAAUAAUGAAGCCCUGGCCUUUGCCUGCCUGAAUAACUUCAUUCCGAAAUACUUGCACAAGUUCUUCUUGAAAGACAAUUCUCAAGUUAUACAAGAAUAUUUGGCCGUGUUUUCUCACCUGAUAGCAUUCCAUGACCCAGAGCUCAGCACUCAUUUAGAUGGCAUAGGAUUCAUACCAGAUCUUUAUUCCAUUCCAUGGUUUUUGACGAUGUAUGCCCAUGUGUUUCCGCUGCACAAGAUCUUCCAUCUCUGGGACAAGCUCCUCCUGGGUAACUCCUCAUUCCCCUUGUGUAUUGGAGUAGCCAUCCUCUUGCAGCUGAAAGAGCAGCAUAAUCUUCUCUCUCACGGAUUUAACGAAUGUAUCCUUCUCUUCUCAGACAUGCCAGAAAUUGAUAUUGAGAAAUGUGUAACGGAUUCCAUCAAGGUAUUUUGCAAUACGCCAAAGAGUUCCACAUACCGACAACACGCCAGACCGCUGCAACGUAAGAGUGGCAUGCCAUCUAGUGGCCGUCCAAUCCUCUCAUAUUAUUCUACAGAUUACAACGACAUGCCUCUAAAUGAGCUAUCCAUGGAACCCAUUCCCCUUGAGGAGCUAAGGGCUGAGAAGUGCCCUCGCAUAUCUGCUGAGGACCUGAUCGAAUUGAGUGAACUGCAAGGCCCAGCGGGGUCAAAAAGCCCAGUGAAGAAAUCAAAGUCUGGGAAGCCAAGGAUUAUCAUCAUUGAUGUGCGGAGUCCUGAAGACUUCCAAAGAGGUGCUAUACCAGGAAGUAUCAACAUUCCAUAUGUGUCUGCAUUCAGCUCAGAUGGAGAACUCGUACAGUGUCCUGCCGUUCAGCAGUUAAACAACUAUAGGUCGCAGGUCAAGGUCAUUGUGGGCAGCAGAGGGAAGAAUGCAGCUCAGUUUGCCAAUGAGAUGAUAAGACUGCACUACACCAAAGUAUGUAUUCUACACAAGGGAUUGGAUGUGUUUAGAAAUACCGGACUGUUAACUGUACCAUCAACCUUCUAGGAUAGACAACAAGAAACGUCUGAGGACCUUGGCUGUGUUAAUCGUUUGGCCUCUUGGGACUACUGAGCCAGUUUUAAAAAGUUGCUGGGAUGACAAGGUCUCUUUAAUUGUGGACAUUCUGUAAUCGGGACUCCCGCUCUAUAACGGACAGUAACUUUUUGGUCCACAAUUGGUCGUUUCCAUUUAAAUGACUUCUUUAAUCGGGACAUCUGUCAAAUGUUGAUACUUUUACAGAAGGGAAGAGCUCGAUGUUGGGAGUGGUUCAUUUGAUCGACCACAAAACUUUUUGGAAAAUGUCUUGGGACUUGUAGAUACAAUGUACUUUGUUAUCUAUUUUGUGUUGGGAAAGAACUGUUGAUUCCACGGGAUUUUCUCCCUAAAGUGCAAUAUUUUAAAAUGUCUAUAGAUAUCGCUAUGUUAAUUGUGAAUGUUUUUAAUCCAAAGAGAGAACUUCAGUGCCAGUUUCACUUUCAUUCUUAUUCCAAAAUCGAUCGAUUGUUCAAUAACAGGCUUCCUCUCUAGAAAUCCUGCCUACGCCUACAACUGAAUUGAUGUCACUUAUUGUACUUGGAACAAAUAAAUAUAAAAGAUUUCAGAA